UAAUACUCAAUGGGGGUCUUGAGAUUCUGUAUAAAUGGAGAGUCGGUACAGGGUUUGUCAGUUCCUCUCUGAACGAAACUCAAGCAACAUGAAGUACGCUGUUGUCUUCGCAGUCCUGUUGGUUGUUGUCCUCCAGGAGGCGUACGGAGCAAGUUGCCCAAAGAGCUGUACGAAACACAAGCGCUCCAACUGUAGGUAUUACUACUACUAUAGAUGGGGAUCUGGCUACACCAGAUAUUACUACUGCAGCAGCUACAGGUCAUACACUGGAACUUGCUACGAGCCCUGCACUCACGGAGGCUGGAGCAACUGGUCUGACUAUGAGUUGUAUGAGGAGUGCCCAGUGAUGUGCGGUGGCAGCAAGGGCCUGGCCUUUAAGACACGAUCAUGCACCAGCCCAGCUCCCACGAACGGUGGCAAUGACUGUGAUGGUGACGACACCCAAGAGGCCACCAUCGCCUGCAACACCGAGGCCUGUGGAGACCGAUGCCCAGCUGACACUGUCAAAUACCACGCCCACCCAACUGUCGCUCACAACUACUACCAAUGCGACUUUGGCCACCAGAAGGCUUUCCUGAAGAACUGCACUGACGGAACCGUCUUCAACGUGGAGCACCACACCUGCGUCCACGCCAAUGCAGAGCACGGCGAUUGCUUCCACGGCCAGAUGGCGGCCCACCCGACGGAGUGCGGCAAGUUCUUGUCCUGCGUUCACGGCCAGAUGAAUGAGAUGCCCUGUCCCGGUGGCCUCCACUACAACAGGGUGACCAAGACCUGCGACUGGCCAACAAAUGCCAACUGCGAGACGCAGUAAAUCUCUGUAUGUCAUUGUUAACAGACAUAGUACUUCAGAUUGUGUAGUUGCAAUGUAAUAAAGGCAUGGCAAAGUAAAA